CGUAAACGGAAGAAGCGGAAACAAAAGAGGUUUUUAUAAAAACACAAACACAUCCCCGGCUGUCGAAGUACUCAGGGAAUAUAAUACAGCUACUAACUACGCCAGCAAUAAUACUGAAAUCGAAAAUAAAGAGUGAGUCGAAGUGAGUUAGACAGCGAACUGCACCAGUCAGCAUGGCACUCAAAAGAAUACAGAAGGAGCUGCAAGACCUGCAGAGAGACCCUCCAGCACAGUGUUCUGCUGGACCAGUGGGGGAUGACUUGUUUCAUUGGCAGGCGACCAUAAUGGGUCCGGGUGACAGUCCUUACCAAGGAGGAGUUUUCUUUCUCACUAUCCACUUCCCUACCGACUACCCAUUCAAGCCCCCAAAGGUAGCAUUUACAACAAAGAUUUAUCACCCAAAUAUAAACAGCAACGGCAGUAUCUGUUUGGACAUUCUACGGUCACAGUGGUCUCCUGCACUAACAGUGUCUAAAGUUUUAUUGUCCAUAUGUUCAUUGCUUUGUGAUCCAAACCCAGAUGACCCUUUAGUGCCAGACAUAGCACACAUCUACAAGAAUGACAAAGACAAAUACAACAAACUAGCAAAAGAAUGGACCCAAAAGUAUGCCAUGUAAAGAAAAAAAAACAUCAAAGAUAUAUAAAAAAAAUCAUGCUGAGAUUUUUUCUUUUUCCUUUUUUUUUUUUUGAAGUCACAACACACUGUAAAUUAUAGUAUGAAACCAUAAGUAAUCUUAAGUAACUUCCAUCAAACUGUACUUUCAUCAGCACUGUUAUUAAUCUGAGAGCGUGACAUUUACAUUCAUUGUUUUUGAGAGGAAGCAGGAGGUUUUACUUUAAGCAGCCAUUUUAUGGAAACCUUCACAUUUUGAAGUUUGGCAUAUUGUUUUUGCAAGGAAAUUAUACUUCUAACAUACAGAUUUAUUACAAAUUGCUCUACAGCGUUUUCAUUCUAAGUAAAACUAGAAAAUUGUAGUACGGAAAUCCGACCACAUGCCAUUCGGCAGCAAGCCUUUUUCAGAGGUGCUGAGAAACCAGCUUCAGUUGCUGCUGUGUCGAUCAGCCAGCAAGAAACACACAGUACCAAGGGAACAUUGAAGGGUGAAUGUGAAAUACAUCCAGCCCUCAUUCUGACAUAUGUCUGUAAACAAGAAAAGGAAUACUGACAACAUCAUAAUGUCCCUUUAACAUCAAAACUUCAUAUAGUUGUGGCGAUGGAGAUUUUAACAUCUUUUGCAUCUUGUAGCAGACAAAAUAGGCUGAAACGAUGUACUGUUGCAGUUUUCCUGAACACGGGAGCAAUUACUUACAGGUCAAGUCAUGUAUACCUGUGUUCUUUUAUUACUAUUAUUAUUAUUAUUAUUAUUAUUAUUAUUAUUAAUAACAAAUGUAUAGUAUUAAAACCCUCUGGAACAACAUUCUAGUUUUUUCUGUUUAAUUUAAUCUAGAGUCAUCACAAUGAAAUCCGCCAUUAAAACAAUGUCCUCUUGUUCCCUGAAAAUAGCUGUGAUGUUGGGUUUUUAGUUGCUUUCACACAGGCACAAAGACCCCAUUUUGAACCUUAUGAAAGGGGUUACAUAUGUUCUUCUGUUUUACCUCCAGUCUAUCAGUAUAUCUGAUUAUGCUAUAGAAAGGGUAAAAUCCUGUUUUCUGUUCCUGUGUAAACAGUGUCUUGGUUUUGUCUUUGAUGCCUGUGUGGCACUUUUUGUACUGAAUUAAAGAAUUGUGGGGAUUUUAUCAUGA